AAACUCGUGACAAGGUUGUUGUUCGCUUGCAACUACCAGCGUUCAGAGUUGGAGAGACAGUACCAGGACCUGACGCAACCGCACCAGGAGUUGGCAAAGCUCCGCCGCGUGGUGCAGAGCCACGAGGAUGCAACUCGGGCACUCAAUGCCCGAUUGCUGGACCUGGAACAAGCUGUACCAGGACCAGCUGCUGGGGCUUCCAGCAGUGCACCCUCUAGCCGCCAACUGGAGGACCGCRUUGACCACGUAGUGGCAAUGCUCGACAACAUCAGCACUUUCGCUGCGCCGACCACCACCAUCAGCAGUCAGCUGCAUACAUUGAAGACUGAGGUCCAGCAGCUGCAGUCGACGAACGCGGACGACAAUCCGAAGAUGUACAAGAUGCCAACUUUCAACCUGGAGAGGUUCGACGACUACACGCAGCAGGAUCCGGUCCUCUGGUGGGAAGCAUUCACAACGCAACUCAGGAUUCUGCCCGUAGCCAAGCAUGCGUACAUCGGCGCCAUGUUCCUGAACUCAAAGGGCGGAUGCCAGACCUGGUUGAGCCACCUGGCAACCUCCCACGGCGUCGACGUACUAGACUUGAAGGACAAAAUCACAUGGGAGGAACUGACACGGCUGUGGAAGAAGCGGUUCAUCGUCGACGACGCGCCGACACUUGCCAUCAACCGUCUGUUCACCAUGUCACAGGGCAACACUGCAACACGAGACUGGUGCAUUGACAACGUCCCAGUGUACUUUGCCCCUCACGCAAGUGAGGCGGUGUCCUUUGACAUUCUGGACACCAAAUUUGACAUGAUCUUGGGCAUGUCAUGGCUGCGAAGCGAGGAUCACCCGGUGAACUUCUUCCACCGCACCGUUCACAUUCGUGAUCGGAACGGAGUACUAGUUCUAUGCACGGUGCCACUUCCUCAUCCUUCGAUCAGCUACCACGUGGUAUCCGCCGCAAGCAUGCGAGCUUCCAUCAUCAGAGACGACAUCGAGGAGAUGGGGGUGUGUUUUCUCCACGCCCUCCCGCCCCAUGACGCUUCAUCGACGGACUCACCUUCGGAUCCACGCAUCACCGAACUUCUCGACGCCUACAGCGACGUGUUCGAAGGCCCCCACGGGGUAGUACCGGAACGACCCAUCCGCCACGAGAUCAUCCUCGAGGAUGGGGCCGUACCUCCGCGCGGUUGCAUCUACCGAAUGAGCGAGGAAGAGUUAAGUGUGCUUCGCGCACAACUCGACGACCUUCUAGAGAAAGGUUGGAUUCGRCCUASCUCAUCGCCAUAMGGUGCUCYWGUUCUCUUCRUCCGGAAGAAGAACAAGGMCCUGCGGUUGUGCAUCGAUUAYCGCAAGCUCAACGCGCAGACGAUCAGGAACGCCGRCCCUCUCCCACGCAUCGAYGACCUUCUCGAGCRAUUGGGCGGYGCCCARCUCUUCUCUAAGCUGGAUCUCAAGUCAGGGUACCACCAACUCGAGAUUCGCAAGGAGGAUCGCUACAAGACCGCGUUCAAGACACGGUAUGGGCAUUUCGAAUGGCUGGUCAUGCCGUUUGGCCUUACGAAUGCCCCAACCACUUUCCAAGCGGCUAUGACAACGGAGUUCCGACACAUGCUGGAUCGGUUUGUACUCAUCUACCUCCACAACAUCUUGGUGUAUAGUCGGAGUUUGGUCGAGCAUGUGGAACACCUGCGCACCGUUUUGGAGCGGCUACGACAAUCCAAGUACAAAGCAAACCGCGACAAGUGCAAGUUCGCACAACAGGAGUUGGAGUACUUGGGACACUAUGUGACGCCGCAAGGCAUCCGUCCGCUUGCGGACAAGAUCGAGGCCCUACGAGUAUGGCCCGAGCCCACCAACACCACGGACGUUCGUUCAUUCAUGGGGUUGGCGGGCUACUAUCAGCGAUUCAUCACCGGAUACUCCAGGAUUGCUGCACCUAUGACGAGGUUACARUCGCCAAAGGUGCCAUUCGUAUUCRAUGACGACGCACGMCGGUCAUUCCAAGCACUUAAGACGRCYAUGCUCAUGGCACCCGUCCUYARCAUCUAUGACCCCACCYUGYCGACGMGAGUGASUACRGACGCUUCCGSCUAUGGCAUUGGGACAGUCUUGGAACAGCACGACGGCGACGACUGGCACCCUGUGGAGUAUUUCAGCCACAAAGUGCCUCCCAUCAACUCGCUUGAUGAUGCAAGGAAGAAGGAGCUGCUCCCAUUCGUGAUGGCUCUCAAGUGCUGGCGGCACUUCCUCCUUGGGCGUCGUAGGUUCACAUGGGUCACAGACAACAAUCCAUUGACCUACUAUAAGACGCAGGACACGGUGAGCAGCACGAUCGAACGAUGGAUGUACUUCAUCGACCAAUUUGACUUCACACCGAAACAUGUCCCCGACCUUUCCAAUCGCGCAGCAGAUGCUAGCCUACCUCUUUCUCUGGUGUCAAUCGAGGGGCGUUAGUGGAAUUUCCCAGUUUCGAAAUCGGAUAUUAUAUUAUGAAAGCUUUAGACGCAAGAUAUACUCGUGCACUCUCGCGAAGACCUGAUCUUUGCGCUAUGAC